AUGGUACACUUUCAAGGCGUCCAGUAUCGCUCCCAUACGUCUUGCAUCACCGAAGACCAGAAAUAUCAGGGCGCAUUGUACAAGGAGAAGAACAACAAGAAACAAAAACACAAUCACAACCAAAGCAUGAACCAACCGGCCGAGCAGCAGCCGUAUCAACGAACCAAGCAAAUGGCUCAGCAACCGUACGUCGAAGAUGUCGGAGAGGACCAGGACCACAAUCGGUGGAGCGACGGCGCCCGACACGCCGAGAAAGGAACAUUCCCAGUCGAGCCUCCGCCAAAGGCCCCGUCGCCUCCCGUCGCCGCCACGGAAGAGCAUGUCAACGUCUUUGACUACCUCGUUGCCACUGGCCAGACCCCCAAUGCCUCCAACAUGAACCUCCUCCGAGACCAGCAGGGGGUCCACAUGGGUGACAACACCUCUUUGGUGCGUUACGAGUACGACGCCGAGGAACACGUCGACACCCCCUCUCUCAUGGAUGCCGACAAGGAGCUGCUGGUCCGGUACGGUACCGGACCGGUUCCCGCACGCACCUUUGUCACCCCAGCCUCCAAGAGCGAGCGGCGCAAGGCAAAGGACGGUGAGGUCAAGAAGGACAAGAAGCGCAAGCGCCUACACGCCGAAACACCUGGCGACCAAGUAAUGACUGAUGCUCCUCCUGUCCUUCACUCCGGUCUCACCGGAGGUCUCAAAGGCCUCAUGCGUCCUACCUUGCCUCCCUCACCGGACUACUCUGGCGGGGACGUGGCCGAGAACUCGCCGGCCAGCCCUCUCAAGAAGUCGAAGCACUCGAAGCAUUCGAAGAACGGAUCGAUCGGGAACAGCCUCUUCGAAAUCAUCACCGGCGGCUCCAAAACGAAGAAGCAGAAGAAAAAGUCGUCGAGCAAGAAGUCCUCGCGGGACCCGCGAGACCGAAAAGAGCCCAAGCUAAUCGAAUUCCGUCCGCGAUCCAAGGACGGCAAGGCAGACGGUCCCGGCGACGAAAUCGUCGUCUUCAAACCCCGCGCCGAUGCAUUUCUCAGCUUCAUCAACAAGGGACCCGAGAGUGAGCGUGGCUGCAGCGUGAACAAGGCCCUCAAACGGUACCAUCGCGAUCGCCAAGGACCGACCUCGAAGACGCAGGAGGAGAAGGAGCUUUGGAAAGACCUCCGGUUGCGUCGGAACGAACGCGGCGAAAUUGUUCUCUUCUCGAUAUGA